AAGUGUCCAUUGUAGCCUACUAUUGUCCAAGCUACAAAAUAAAUCUUUCCCCAAUGGAUCGAGCCUCCAAGCGCAGGCAGGUGAAGCCCCUGGCUGCCUCUCUUCUCGAUGUCUUGGACUAUGACAGCUCAGAUGACAGCGAUUUCGAAGUGGGAGAUGCAGACGCCUCGGAUGGGGAUUCUUCAAAAAGCGAUCGGAGCACAGAGUGGCGUAUUUACCCGGCUGCCAACCCUCUCGCUUCACGCACACAAUCCACUCUCUCCUCCUCUUCUCCUCUCUCAGAAAAAGGGUCAGAGGGCACAGGGAACGGCAGCGAUGACGAGGGCUCCAAAGACAGCGUCGGAGGUGCGGACAGUGACUCGGAUGCCGUUGUAUCUCCUGACGAAGAAGCCAUCAAUGAUGAACAGACCAAAGAGCUUAAAGAUGAUGUGCAAGAAGAAGAAGAAGAAGAAGAGGAAGAAGAAGAAGAGGAAGACGACAAAGUCAAGGACCAACCUUCCUCUGAGGAAAGCAGCAAAAAAGAAGCGGUCACUAAAAAUCGCAAGAAAGCCGAAAAGACCUCGGACACGGAACCUAACGAGAGCAGCACAGUGGAAGAAAACCCGAAAAAGUGGAACCUUCGGAGAAACCGCCCCAUGCUAGACUUCACCACGAUGGACCAGCUGAAUGAGAUGGACGAUUACGACAGCGAGGAUGACAAUGACUGGAGGCCCACGUCGGGAAAGAAAAAGAACAAAGCUGCUGGGAAGGAGAAAGGAGCGAGCGAGGAUGAGGAAGGGGGUGAAGGCAGUGCAGAGGAGGAGGAGGACGAGGAUGAUGACGACGACGACGACGACGAUGAUGACGAUGACAACAAUAAUGACGAGGACAAUGAGGAUGAUGACGUCGAGAGCAGCAGCAGUAGCGACAGUGAAGCGGCGGUUAAAAAAUCGAAAAAGAAAGCAAGUAAGAAUAGCAGAUCGUUUGAUGAGGAAGAAACCAACGACAGCCACAGCACAUCUCAAGGAAAAGGGAAUGAGGACUCUUUGGUGGAGCGAGCUCAGGUGUGGGCCUCGCAGCGGAUGGAGCACAUUCUGAUCUGCUGCGUCUGUCUGGGAGACAACAGCGAGGACACGGAUGAGAUCAUCCAGUGCGACAACUGUGGCGUGACUGUGCAUGAAGGCUGCUAUGGGGUUGACGGUGAGAGUGAUUCGAUCAUGAGUUCGGCCUCCGAGAACUCGACAGAACCGUGGUUCUGUGAUGCCUGUAAAAAUGGCGUGAUGCCCAGCUGUGAACUCUGCCCCAAUCAGGACGGGAUCUUCAAAGAGACAGAUGCUGGGAGGUGGGUGCAUGUUGUAUGUGCACUCUAUGUUCCAGGAGUGGCGUUCGGAGAUAUCGACAAACUACGGCCUGUAACACUGACGGAAAUGAACUACACCAAGUAUGGUGCCAAGGAGUGCAGUCUGUGCGAGGAUGCCCGCUUCGCCCGUACCGGUGUGUGCAUCAGCUGUGACGCAGGCAUGUGCCGUUCCUAUUUCCAUGUGACGUGCGCCCAGCGGGAAGGGCUUCUAUCUGAGGCUGCUGCAGAAGAGGACAUAGCCGACCCGUUCUUCGCCUACUGUAAGCAACACGCUGACCGCUUUGACAGGAAGUGGAAGAGGAAGAACUACCUGGCGCUUCAGUCCUACUGCAAAGUGUCCCUGCAUGAGAGAGAGAAGCAGCUCACUCCUGAAGCUCAGGCGAGGAUCAGCGCACGGCUGCAGCAGUACCGGGCGAAGGCAGAAGUGUCCCGGAAUGCACGUCCUCAAGCGUGGGUGCCACGCGAGAAGCUCCCGCGUCCACUCACUUCCAGCGCCUCGGCCGUGCGAAAGCUCCUGCGUAAAGCUGAGCUCAUGGGCAUCAGCACGGACGUCUUCGCCACUGACACUGCAGAUGCCAGCGCCAGCCUGGACGGGCGCCGUAAACACAAACAGCCUGCACUCACCGCUGAUUUCGUCAACUACUACCUCGAGCGGAACAUGAGGAUGAUCCAGAUCCAGGACAACAUCUUGGAGCAGAAGAACCUGAAAGACAAGCUGGAGAGCGAGCAGGAGAAACUGCACGUAGAGUACAACAAGCUCUGUGAGUCCCUGGAGGACCUGCAGAAUGUCAACGGGCUGCUGAGGACCGAAGGCCAGUCCAUGUGGAGCAUGUUGGGAAGCAUCCUCGGGCAGAAACUGAACUCACCAGCUGUUUUAAAGCCCCCUAAAGAGAGAAAGCCAAGCAAGAAAGAAGGUGGAAGUCCAGGGAAGUCGUCCAGUCUCCCAGCAGUGCUCUACAGUUGUGGGAUCUGUAAGAAGAACCAAGACCAGCAUCUCCUUUUACUCUGUGACACGUGCAAGCUGCACUACCACCUGGGCUGCCUGGACCCACCUCUCACCCGCAUGCCCAAGAAGACCAAGAAUAGCUACUGGCAGUGCUCGGAGUGCGACCAGGCCAGCAGCGAUGAGGCAGACAUCGCCAUGGAGACACUCCCUGAUGGCACCAAGAGGUCCAGGAGACAGAUCAAGGGGCCAAUCAAAUUCAUCCCUCAGGACAUGUCACCAGAGCCUAAAAAACUGCAGCUGAGGGGCACGCAGAGAACCCGGGGCCAGAAGAGGAAGAGGGUGUCGAUCUGCGAGGAAGAAAAGAUAGAGGAACCAGCACCGCGGGAACGCAGGCAGCGCCAGUCGGCACUGCAAAAAAAACCAAAAGCUGACGACACAAGGACGGAGUGUACUACCUGCAAAGGCCCCGGCGACAAUGAGAACCUCGUUAGGUCGUGAGAGCCGGGCGCCACCUCUCCCACCUCCCCCACGCUCCUCCCCUAAAAAAUCUGGGGCCAGAUGAGAGAGGGACAGAGAGAGGGAGAAAGAGAAAAGAGAGAGAGGCAGAUUAAAUCGUUUCGAAGAGCGGCGUCCGGGUCGGGGCAGGAAGUCGCAGACGACGGCCUCCUCUGACCGUCACCUUUGACAUCACUUCCUGCUCAGAACCAUGGAAUUUAACACGUUGAUUCUUUUGGGCCACAAAGAAACUUUUUUUUUUUUUUCCUCAAAUUUCAAAUUACACAUGGAUUUUAAAGCUUGCGAAUGAAAGGGAUUAAAGGGAUGUUUGUGCCGCAGUGGAUUCUAUAAGAGGACUAAGUGGAUCUUGAGGACGCUUAGGUAGCCAUUUUGGAUGGAGACUUUAAAGUUGGUGAACGUGUACUGGACAGUAUCGCUGAGACUGGACGUGUAGCUGCUUGUGCUUUGGAUUCCUAAACUGACUGUCAUGUAAUGGGGAACUUUCCAACUGUUAUCCAGCCCUGCUUCAAGUGGCCUUCGUGCAAUCCUGACCAAUUUGGGACAAUCCCGUGCAGCCCUCUCUUUUUCUUCUUUUCCUCUCAUCUUUCUGCAGUCCCUUUUUUGAACCUGAAUGUUGUGUGUCCUCUGUGUUAACACAUGAUGAAUGCUUUUGAACUGAACCCUGUGCUGCUCUCGUUGCUUAUUGCUUAUGCUACAGUAUGUGAAACUAGUUAGUAGCGAGUAGAGAAUCGGAAAUUCGAUUUCUUUCUUGAGUAUUUACUUAUGUCCGUACACCCACCGUAUUUCAAUAUGACAAGUGAUAUUUACGAUGUAGUUCAAGUCAAGAAAAAUAAUUAGGAGGUUUAGCAAGCGCUGUGUGUGUGUGUUGUUGUUGGAACUGCAUACUACUUUACUUUUUGUCGUGUGUAGGCAGAAUUGUGACGUGUCCUUAUAAUGGUUCACACAUUGCCUUGUGGUGAAGAAUAUUCUGCUUUUUGACAGCUCAGCUGCCUUAUAUUCUGUCGAGCUAGCUAGGAACGUCCCUCUGUGGGAUUCUUACGUCUUCAUACCCUUUAAUAUGGAGGCCUUUAAGUGCAAGAACUAUUAACAAAACGAGAAUCGGAGAAUGCAACGACAAAACUAAAAUUGCAACAGCGGAAACACGAGCAAAUCCAAAAGACGUCAACAUUGUGUGGCGAUCAGGAAACGCAACAGCAAAUUAGAAAAUACAAUAAAACUCAAAACACAACAGCCAAACCCAACACUCACCAAUGAGAGUGUGAGUGUGUUGUUAGUUUUGUUGUUUGUAGAUUUGCUGUAGUGUUGUUUUCUCUAUUCUGGUGUUAGUUUUGUUGUAGUAUUGAUAAUUCUGUUGUAGUGUUCUUAGUUUUGUUGUGUUGUUAACUCUUCUGUGGUGGUGUUAGUUUUGCUGUAGUGUUUAUCGAUUUGCUGUAGUGUUAGUUUUGCUGGAUUGUUGUUAGAUUUGCUGUAGUGUUUAUCGUUUUGCCGUAAUAUUGUUAGAUUUGCUGUAGUUUGUUUUGCUGUAGUGUUUAUCGUUUUGCCGUAAUAUUGUUAGAUUUGCUGUAGUGUUUGUCAUUUUGCUGUAGUGUUUGUUUUGCUGUAGUGUUUGUUUUGCUGUAGUGUUUAUCGGUUUGCUGUAGCUUGUUUUGUUGUAGUGUUUAUCGUUUUCUUGUAGUGUUUGUUUUGCUGUAGUGUUUAUCAUUUUGCUGUACUUUUAGUUUUGCUGGUUUGUUGUUAGAUUUGUUGUAGUGUUUAUCGUUUUGCUGU